CUUGAAGUUCACUUCAGCCGCUGUCGUCCCUUGUCGUCCUGCCCAAGCCCAGUCGUACAUGUCCGGUAUUCGGUAACUGUCAAUGAACUUAUCAUUUAGCAGGACACUACCGUGAUGAAACGGGCACCACCUCUUUAGUAUGGUGUGAAAUUGGCAACCUUCUCUGUCAAGGCAACUCCACUGCUGCAACUUCUAGCAAUUUUUUUAUCCCUUGACGUCAUUUACAAAACAAGGUGGAUUGUUAGACGCGAGAGUAUAUAAGAUGGGGUCAGCAAUCGACCAAAAGUCAGUUCGUUAGCCCCUUCAGCCCUUCUACUACAGCCUCUCCUAUAUACCUCGAUACCCACCCUCCUCAUAGACUCAUAACCCCCACCAUCUUGAACGAAAUCAUAAUGUCAUCUCCGAACGUUCACACAUUCUAUGCCGACGCUGUCCUGUUCGACAUGGACGGUACCCUCACGGACUCUAUUGCGGCUGUCGAGGCAGCUUGGGGUAAAGUCGCCAAAGACAUUGGUCAAGACCCCGCUUACGUUAUCGCUGCAACCCACGGCAAGCGCGCCGUCGAUAAUCUCGCGCAAUUUAAGCCCCAUAUCAAGGCACAUGAGAUGGACGAUGAGGUACAAAAUUUCGAGAACACCAUUCUCUUCUUCGCCGAUGCCUACAACAUGCACGGACCCGGCUCGCAACCCAGCUCACCUGUCAGCUCGCCCAGUUCUGCGCCUUCUUCUCGUGCAUCAUCAUUCGUAUCACCUCGCCGGCCAUCAUUUGCCAGCAAGCUAAAUAGCAUGCUGACUAUGUCGGUUGUACCCGAAGCUUCUGUCUACGGUCAGGGUCCCCAAUUCGAGAACUCCAUCAUGGAGGAAGAUCAACAGGACAUCAAACACGUCCUCGAGGCUUGGCAACAGGAAGCAACGAGUGUUGAUCGCUCAGUGCGGAUUUUGCCCGGUGUAAAGAGAAUGAUAAGUUCCAUUCCCGAAGGCCGUUACGCCGUCGCCACCUCUGGCGCAAAAACAUAUGCAUAUGGUUGCAUGACUCGUAUAACCAUUACCGCAGACGACAAGCGUCUCAAGGCUGGAAAGCCUGCCCCAGACCCAUUCCUUCUCGCUGCCAGCGAACUCGGUUUUUCUGCGAAAAACUGUGUCGUGUUCGAGGACUCCCCAACGGUGCCCACUGUAAUUGCUGUGUGCACCAGCCAUGAGAGGAGACAGAUCGAGAACUCUGGCGCCCACUUUUUGGUGGAAAACAUGGACAAAGUGAAAUGCGAGUCGUGUGCGGACGGCAGACUCAAGUUCACCGUGCAACUAUGAUUAUUCUUCACUGCUUCAGUGUAUCCCUAGUCUUGACUCUUGACCUUCCUUCAGUGGAAAGGCCGCGUGAUUAUCUUCCCUUUUUAUUUCCAUCUGUACAACACGAUUCUCACUCAGAUCUGCAUUCCACUUCGGGAUGCUUGUACACGUACAGAGUACUUGAAUACUCUUGUAAUUCGAAUAGAAUUUCUCAAUCUAGCGGCGCUGUGCGGACUACAGUUGUUCGGCGACAACAUCA